AUGAAAGACCUUUCGCUGGACUUGUCGCUCAUGGUGGCCGUGGUUGUCGUUGCAGCAUGUUUGGCCGGUAAAUUAGAGCCACUGUCGGGGGGAGCCGUCAUCUGGCAACUUUUGCGACCCAAGCACGUGGAGCCUUUUCUAUGCAGAGAGAGAAAGCAAAUGCGUCUCGUUGACAAGACCGAAGUGUCCCCAGACACCUACCGCUUUCUCUUUGCGUUGCAAGACCCCAACCAACCAUUAGGCCUCCCCGUGGGACAGCAUCUUAAGGUGUUUGGCCCCAACGUCCCCGGAGUAGUACCCGGAGAAUGGAAUGGUAAGCCAGACCUCGAGUCGUCAGCAAAAGAGAUAUCCCGGAAGUACUCCCCAGUUUCGUCUAGCACCGCCAGGGGAACCGUGGAACUCGUGGUGAAGGUGUACAGCAAGCAGCAAGUCCCGCCCUUUCUUGACGGAGGCAAAAUGUCGCAGUUCUUGCAAACCCUCCAAAUCGGAGAUAAAAUUGACGUACAGGGGCCUUUCGGCAAGGCCAAAUACAACGGGCGGGGUUCCUUCUCGUUAGCUUCCCGAGUCACUUCCAAGAAAAAAGUGGGCCUACUUGCUGGCGGCACGGGCAUAACACCCAUCUUUCAGCUCAUCCGGAGGGUGCUUGAGGACCACGCAGAUCCGACGCAGCUCUUCCUCGUAUAUGCAAAUAAAAGAGAAGAAGAUAUUCUGCUUAGAGAUGAGAUCGAGGAGCUAGAAAACGAAUACCCCGACCGUCUCAGUGUAUGGUACACCCUGGAGUUUCCGCCUGCGGGCUGGAAGUAUUCUUCCGGUUUUAUUUCAAAAGAGAUGAUUCAAGGCCACUUGCCCCCCCCUUCAGUCGACACUUUGGUGAUGUGUUGCGGGCCUCGCGCAAUGAUCGAGAAUGCGUGUCUUCGAAAUCUUGCCGAAGUUGGCUAUGAUAGAGAAGACAUCUUUUGCUUCUAG